AUGAGUAAAUACAGUAGUAAAAAGUCAGCUAGAGCCUAUCAAAAAAGUUGCUACAGCGCUAAUAAUUGCACCAUCACAGAGUUGAAUAGGACAAUACUCGGAGAUAGAUUAUUGAUUGAUCCUAAAACAGUAACGAUAGACACUAAAAAUUAUAUAUUUGAAAAGCUUCAUGAUGAGAAUUAUUUAUUGAGUUCUGUCAAGUAUGGAUUAAGAGUGGUCAUGCCAAUGAUUAAUCAAGGAGGUCUAUUUGCAAGGUUGGAACUUGUUGAUGACAGAAAUGAUGUAGAAGUGAAAUGCGUGAAAAGAGAAAGAGCUGGAAAACGGGUGUUAAAAGGGAAAACGAAAGAGGAAUUUGAUGUAACAAAAAACAACACACUCAAAGUGAAAAUGGAGUUUAAAUUCCGUGAAACAUCGAGUGACAACACUGUUGACAAGUAUAGAUUAUUAGUACACAUCAUGUUAGAAAAUAGGAUAUUGUUGACAUUCAAUUCAGAACCAUUUAGGACGGUGGUGAGAGCACCAGGUAGUAAAAGGUCAUCUCGAUCAACGCCAAUACCUUUGCUAGUACCAACACAAUACAAUGUCAACAAUGAUGAUACUGAGGAGGACUCUGAUGAAGACGAAGAAGAAAAUGAGGCAUCUCAAAAGAAAACAAAGAAAUAA